GAUUCGACCAUGGGUAAAGCCAUCAAACGCACCCUAGCCGUGGAACAAGAGUUCUCCAAGCUGGAGAUGCUUCUACUUCAGACGGCCAACGACACAAGCAAAUGCCUCAAGAUCCUGAAACGGAACCUCAGCAAAUACGACCGACGCCACGGACUUUUUUUCCGUAGCACGUCCAAUUAUUUCAUGAGGAACGACAUUCGAGUGGCCAAGGACACGACAACGGACUUGCGGUACGUGGCGAAACGCAUCAAAAGGAGCAAGAGCCCGACCAAGUCGGAGAUCAAUGCCGCCCGCAUCAGCAUGAACGCAACAGUCGACGCCAUGAACGACUUGAAACAGGCUGGCCGCAUCUUUGACCAGAACAAUGAUGUAUUAGGAGGUGUCACCGGUAUCAUCGAAAGUAUUCUUCAUCACGACGACAACGACGACAGCCAGGACGACGGUGGGAUCUUCGGCGACAAAGAAAAAAAUACCGAUGAGAACAAGACCAAAAGAGGUUUGUUUGGCAGGAAGAAGCGUGGUGGCUUUCUCAAGGCAACCGACACGGUGGAAGGUGUCGUGAAAUCGACUUUGAGCGAGAGUUUCAGCGGGUUUCCAGCUUUGAAACAGCAAAUCACAGCUACAGAAAAUGCACUGUCGCCAUCCAUCGUUACUCGUGCCAAGGACGCAAUGGUGGGAGCUGCCAGUAAACUCGUUAGCUCAAGCCCUACUGCUACAGCGUGAGCAUGUCAAAGCGGCUUCGAACUGCUUUUCGCUCUCACAAUAGCUCGUUUCUUGCAUCGAGCAGUCCGAAACAUUUUUUGUUAUGUUGCAAACUCGGUUAGAAGACAAGCAAUAUACUUGAAAUGACAUUUUCAACACUU